CGCGGGGCCGCACCGCGCCUCCCCCCGUCCCCCCCUGCUCCGGCUCUCAAUGUUCCACACUGCCCGGCCACAGAGCCGCCGCCGCCGCCGUAGAGCCCCCCGGCCGCCUCCGUCCCCUCCUCGGGCGCCGCGGGCCCGGCCCGGCCCCCCGCCAUCCCGCCCCUCCGACCCAGCAGCGGGACAGGACGCCGGCGAAGUUCCCCACAAUGUCCAGUGAUAGGCAGAGGUCAGACGAUGAAAGUCCAAGUACCAGCAGUGGUAGUUCAGAUGCCGAUCAGCGGGAUCCACCUGCACCUGAGCCCGAAGAGCAAGAGGAGAGAAAACCCUCUGCUACCCAGCAGAAGAAGAACACCAAACUGUCUAGCAAAACUACUGCUAAGCUAUCAACUAGUGCUAAAAGAAUCCAGAAGGAGCUAGCUGAAAUAACCCUUGAUCCUCCUCCUAACUGCAGUGCCGGUCCUAAAGGGGAUAACAUUUAUGAGUGGAGAUCUACUAUUCUUGGACCUCCAGGUUCUGUGUAUGAAGGAGGUGUUUUUUUCUUGGAUAUCACAUUUUCAUCUGACUAUCCAUUCAAGCCACCAAAGGUUACUUUCCGUACCAGAAUUUAUCACUGCAACAUCAACAGUCAGGGAGUCAUCUGUCUGGAUAUUCUGAAAGACAACUGGAGCCCUGCUUUGACUAUUUCAAAAGUUCUGCUGUCCAUUUGUUCUCUUCUGACAGACUGCAACCCAGCUGACCCUCUGGUUGGAAGCAUAGCCACUCAGUACCUGACCAACAGAGCAGAACAUGACAGGAUAGCCAGACAGUGGACCAAGAGAUAUGCAACAUAAAUGACAAACUACUUGUGCAGUGUGAAGGUGCAGAACGCAACUUUGCAGUGUGCAACAAAUCUUUAUAGCCUUUACAAUACGGACUUCUGUGUAUAUGUUAUACUGAUUCUACUCUGCUUUUAUCCUUUUGAAGACUGGGAUACUGCCCCCAAAAAAGGUAAAUGCUAUCAAGAGUAGAAAUUUGUAGCUGUAGAUUAGUUGUUUAAAAUGCCUACUUGCAAGUCUUGCUUCUUUGGGAUAUCAAAAUGUAUUUUGUGAUGUACUAAGGAUACUGUUCCUGAAGUCAACCAAAUAUUAUAGUGCAUUUUAGCCUAAUUCAUUAUCUGUAUGAAGUUAUUAAAGGUAGCUGUAGAUUGCUAGGAAUUAUGUCAUUUGUAUUAAACCCAGAUCUAUUUCCAAUAUGUGGUACAUGCUGUUGUGAAAACUGUUUUAACUUUUACCUUUGUCAGUUUGUAAUGAAAGGAUUUCCUUUUUCCCUUUGUAGCUCAGAGAGCACCCAGUGUAUCAUCUCAAACACAAUAAACAUGUUCCCCAAGGA